AUGAUGCGCGGUCUCUACACAGGCGCCAUUCUCGGCGCUCAACUCGUUUCCGGACGCCUCAUCGUUGAUACUGACAUGACCGUAACAAAGUUUGCCCACCGUAUGGAGCCAGUUCGGACCCCCGUCUUUAUAGCUCCCGAGAUGAAGGUCAACGUAUCUUCUUCGGAAACAACCGCUGAAGCAACUAGUCAUGUGAAUAUGGUAUUCACUACUAUCACAGACUAUACCACUGUGGUGCCAACGUCAAAACCGAGUGUUAAUGCCACUUCUGAAGAGAGCGAUGUGACUUCCUUCGUCCGAGUGACCGUCACAAUGAAGCCUUCCGUAGGCAACUCAUCCGUCCUUGCUACUUCGAACAAGACUGCAGUUGCGACUUCAGCUCCGUUUACCCUACCAUUCAUUCCCGGAACAGUCACUCAACUAGGACCGACUCCCCAGCCCACCAUCUCGGAACCCGUGGAAGUCUCGGCUCUCGCCAAAGACGGUCACGAGAACGAGGAAGUGACGGAAUCUGGAAAACAAUUCGAGGCUCCUGCUAGUACAAAAGAUGUGAACCCUACUGCCAAGACAGAACUUCAAGAGCACGAAGAUAAUAGACACGGUUCCCGACCCUGUUCUUCAUCUCAAGACGCUGUUAUCAUUACCUCGACGGAGUUCUCAACAACCACCAUCUUCGAGUCCACGGUGUCGCUCACGAGUACUCCUUCCAGAGCUACACGAUCCGCGCUGCCCUCGCUCUCAUCAUCACCGUCCUCUGAGCCGACAUCCACCACUUCUCCACAGAGAUCUGCACCUAUGACCACGCAAUCCGCGCUGCUCUCGCCAUCAACGCCGUCAACGCCAUCCUCAAAUCAUGCCAAUCUUGUAAACACGGUAAUUUCGGCCGAUCCACGUUGCCCGUACCCCUACCCAGGGGUCUACUGCGGCCCGGACAAGACAACGAUGAUGACGGAGACAACCAAGGUUGAACCGACAUACACAACGAUAGCCGAGAGAAAGAAGCCCGAGAAGACAGAGUCUGCAUGCCCUUUUCUCUACCCCGGUCAGAAAGGCUGCUGGGUGAAUGGAGAGUUUAUUAUGAAUUGA